UCCACUCACAUCUCUUUUGCAGACGCGGCAUCCCUGCGCAUGGAGCUCUGCUGUGAGAAGUCAAAAUGAUGUGACUACGCAAGGAGGCAAGAUUCAGAUAUUGUUUAACAGUCGGCCUGGUCAGCAUAAAAACACGUGUCCGCCAGAUUAGGAAACCGGUGGUAACGGAGUAUCUCUCUCCCGCCUUGCCACUGCAGUGCUACUGAUUUGAUGUUGAACGGGCGCUGACAUUUCCGUUACUCCGCGAGGGACGCGGCUCAUCACUGACAUGACAUGAAACACUGAGUAAUGGCAAUGAGAAAUUACUCUGGAUAAUUCCGUCACUUCCGAAACGUAUCGUUGGAACUGAGGUUUUUCAGCACUUCUUUGGUUGCGGAUGCAAUGUCCUAUCUGAAUCCCUUAGGAAAAGAACUGGAGCGUUUUGAUGGACUAUCGCUCAUUUACUGGACACUCAUGGGUCCAUAUGGCGUCGACCGAGCUGUUCAUUCCAUGGAAUUCACAGACUGUGAGAAUGGAUUAGGGAUCAAAGUCAUAGGAGGAGUAAAGGAAUUGACAGGGGAGGAAUUUGGAGUCUACGUCAAAAGGAUUUUACCAGGUGGCCUUGCUUCAAUUGAUGGAAACCUACAACCAGGAGACCAGAUACUGGAAGUGAAUGGGGAGAGUUUGAUCGGAGUCACCAGUGAGAGGGCGGUAGACAUUCUCAGAGCGGCGUCUUCAACCAAUCACAUGCGCCUUCUAAUUGCGAGGGAUGAAGAGGCCAGGAGAGAAUUUUCAGAGCUUCUGGAAAAGUACGGCAACAGCAACAGCAGCACGGGCUCGACGCGGAACUCUCCGAAUCAACAUGUAGGUAGAUACCUGGACAGCUCAUCGUCAGGCUCAUCGUCCAGAUCACAAAGUCCACUCCUGCUUAGUCCAGCAGGAUCUCAGAGCAACUAUAACAACACAGGACCUCUUCUGCGCUCGCUCAGCCACCCAGGGGAGGGUGUGAUUCAGCUGAUCUCGCUGGCUCGGACCUCCUGCAGCUUGGGCAUCACUCUCGGUGGCGGCUCCAACAGACCUGAUGGGCCAGCAGUUUUCAUCCAGGAAGUACUGUCAGGAGGAGACUGCCACCGGGAUGGCCGAUUGAGACCAGGAGAUCAACUUAUUGCCAUUAAUAAGGAGUCCUUGAUAGGGUUGACCCAUGAAGAAGCCAAAAGCAUGUUCAACAAAGUGAAAUUCAGCCAAGACAGUGUGGUGGAGGUUGCCUUCAUCCCUGGGAAAGGCCUAUUCCCCAGCAGUGCGUCCCUUCACAAUGGCGUCCAGAGGGGGGGCAACGGCUACAACCCCAGCCGGUUAAAAGUGCACGUCCGGUCCCCAGAGAUUUUCCCAGAAGAACCUGCCCCAGUGCCUUCAUCCUCUCCCGAAAUCUGCCAUUCAGAGGUCCACGCCCCAGGGACAGGAUCGUCAGCAUCACAGAAACCUGCCACAGUAGCCAAACCCAAGAUUACCCUGGACCCCCACAUACGGCUCAAAUCAGAGAAACUCGACUUGGCGCUGACGUACCUGGGCCUGGACAUCAGUGAGGAGAAAAGGCAGAAGCUGAGACAGAGCCUCACCACCGAUCCGCAGGGCACCGUGUCGUAUGGAGACUUCGUGGAGGCCACCCGCAUGGUGUUCCCAGAAAAGCUGGAGGAAGCUGGCCUGUCCCAGGGGCCGUUCAUGUUCUCCUACCAGGAGGCCGCCAGUCUGAUGGACACCUCCGCCUUUCACUCUCCAACGUACGAGUCGGAGUGCCGGUACAGCACGGAGGAGCUGGAACACUUCCAGACAGAGGUCAAGCAACUGCAGCAGCACAUGAAGCAGCUCCAGGUGCUCCUGAAGGACAAGGAACAGAGUAAGAAAGUGCUGGAAGAGGAAGUUCAGAAGACGACAGAGAAGGCCACAGCGUCGGUGGAGGAGAAUAAGAGUCUGAAGGCGAAGUUGCAGGUGGCCGAGGCGGGCCCGCGGCAGUCCAACAGCGCCGAGCAGGACUACGAGGAGGUGAUCCAGCUGCUGGAGGCCGAGAUCAAAGACCUCAAAAACCAGCUGGCCGGCCAAAAGCAGCGGGGCCUCGAGGCCACAAAGGAGGACGUGAUGGAGCUCAAUAGGAAGCUUUCAGCCAUCGACAACCAGCUGAGGAAGUCCGAGCUGACACGUAAACACCUGGAGAUCUCCAACAAGAAACUGCUGGGGUUCGCUCAGAAUGUACAUAAAGUUCUCUCCACCACAACAUUAUUCGGGAUGGAAAAUGGGAGCCCUCGGUCGUCCCAGGCCGCUGAUAGCCCAGACACACCGUCGCCCAUCCCAGACCAGGCGUGCCAGCUGGCAGCGGAAGCCAAGGAGCUGGUGGACGGUGUGUGCUCCCUGUGUGUGGAGACCCCAGGCGGCGCGGAGGUGCGGAGCGACGCUGAGGAGGCAGGAAAGGAGCGCUGUGCAGAACAACCAACUCUGUGGCCGCCACCUCCUGACAAGCAGUGUCUCUAGAUGACUGGAUACAAAGCAGAUCACUUAGAUCAGUGGACUCAGAGGAUAUGGCAUUGACUGACCAGAGACAGAACUGUAGAGGCAAAGACUGUGAAGCUUUGUAAGUCUUGUUGAUGUUAACUAGUUGAAAGCUUUAUUUUUUUUCUGGAUUGCAUUACCGAUUGAUUGAAAGCUAUAUAGAGGAAAAAUGUUUUUUUUUUCUAAUACAACUGUAUCUUGUAAGUAUUCAAUGUACCUUGUUACCAUGCAGGCAGAGUGCUUUUGCACUCUAGUGAGAAUGCAGAUGGAGAAUGAUUACUUGUUAUUGAAUGAAAAGUCAGACAGCCCAAGGUCACCUCAAGGACUACAUGUCCCAUGGUGCAACAGCAUCAUAGGAAAUAAAUAGCCAAGAAGUUCUUAUGUACAGAAGUCUUCAAAGGGCACUCAUUUUAAUUACCCAGACCACACACAUCUCAUCAUUUGAUAUGAUGCAUAUUUGUAUUUGUUCUAAGAAGUGCUCUGACAUUAUAAAUAUUUUGUAUUUUGAGUCCACGCUUUUAUGAAGAGAAGCUUUAGACUUGCCUGGCAAAUGAUUGGCUUACUCUAUGCAGUUGCUAGUUAUAAACUUUGUAAAUCUUGCCUUUCAAGAACACCACCCCCUCUUCUUGAUGUCACUUUCCAUGUCUAUGUGGAACUCCAUUCUGCUUCACAGUUGCAGUUACAUAACACUGGUGCUUCUGUGAACACAUCUAAGAGGAAAAACGUACUAGUAUUUCUGAGUGUCAACUUGGUAUCAUUAGAGGUGAGUGUGUGUGUGUAUGUGUGUGUGCCGGUGUCACUGCAGUCCCUCUGGUCAUUUGUGAAUACAGCACUUGUUAACACAAUGUUCUUGGAGAGGAUUUUGGUUGUCAUGAUGUGAAGAACUCAUCCUUUAAGGUCAGACAGUGGUACAUUUACAAAUGCCAUGUCCACUGGUACAUAUUAUAUAUAAACAUAUAUAUUUACAACAAGUGUGCAUGGUUUGAAAUAUCAACCUGUAUUCCUUACCAACAGUUACUAGAAUACUAGUCUGGGUUCAUAGAAAUGUCAAUAAAUAAGACGGUGUAAAAUAUUCUGUAUCACGUUGAAAUAUCAUAAAGACAUCAGUGGAGCUUUUAUCAUAACCAUAAAACAUUUUGUGUAAGAUUUAUUCUGUUUAUAUUAAUAACUGCACAUGCUUUAAAAACUGCUGAUAUGUAGUCCUGUAAGUUUGAUUAGUUUGCAUCAUAUGUGUGGCCUAAAUAUCUUUUCUUGUAUUGUUUUUAUUAAAGCACGAACAAGCAGUUUCA